AAAGGGGCUUUCAGGCAGAGGUAUGGGGAUAGGAAUAACAGUUCUUUACUAGUAUAUAUGACAAAACAACAAACAACAACUGCAGCAUCAAUAAUAAACAGAACUAAGAACCUUGAGGGCUUUCUUUCACAAAAAGCCCGGGGCAGUUUGAUCUCGGUGCCCCUUGCAGGACUCCGAGGGGCUGAGCUGGAAGGGAGGAAAGUCCCGGGCUGGUGGAUGAGAUGAGGAGCUCUGCGCUGGCAGCUGGAGCAGCAGGGGUGUCCCGGCAGGGCUGGGCAGUUCAGGGCUACAGAGUAGCAGGGGAACCUCAAAGCUCCGAAGAAACAGCGGCGGUGGGGGGAGGGCUGGAGAAAGCGAGCUCAGAAUUCCCGGGUACAGGAGCAGAUGACAGUAGCUUUUCCCAGGACGAGGCAGAGGCAGAGAGAUGGCCGUGAACUCUUCCUGAAGCCAGGAGCAGCUUGACCGUCCUCUUCGGCGCUGAGAGCAAGACCAAAGAUGGAAAGUACAAAAACCUUCCCAUUCUUGCAUGGCCGUGAGGAACAGACACCCAGGUGGCUCUGACAAGCUGGGCAUGCCUCUCACUUGAAGACGUUAUCUCAGAGGACUGAAGUCUGCCUGUGGCUGGUGAACAGACGGCAAAUGUUUUUUGUCAAGAUCCUGGGAAGUCUCUUUUGCACAACAUAAGUAGAAUGUGCCCAGAAAGCCUCUGUGUCUCUGACAUGUUUAUAUCUUUGUGCCUUGCCUAAUUCUUAGUUUCCCAGGACACUCACAUGCCCAUUACUGCUUUAAAAUGUAUGCAGAAAGCACUUUUAAAAAUACUUCUUUCUUCAGCAUCUUGACAGGCAGCUUGGGACAGGCUGAGGUGGUUGUAAUGAAUCACAGAGGGGAAAAACAGCUACAGACCCACAGAAAUCUGGCUGGAAAAUGAAGAAAUGGUUCCUAACUGAAGAAAUGGUCCCAAAGGAAGUUUGCACCAACCAGUAUAGAAGCUGUCCAAAACCACCUUUUUGUGCAUAUUCUACUUCUAGCUCUGGAAAAUAUCCUGGAUAGCUGCUAAUCCUCCUUGGACUCACCUGGGUGGUAUGGAAAAUACAUAGCUCCAUCUACAAACUGGAUUAGGGUUCCAAUUCCUGCAGCCAUCUAUGUUUGGUUUAUCCCACCCAUUUAUACCAUAUCUCCAUCAGAGGUACCUAAGAUCUGUGCCUGAGUGUUUUCCAGGCAUGUAUGCUCCUUCCAGGAUGUAGGGCUGGGAAAGAAGUUGCAGGAAACUAGAGAGAAAAGAAGUGGUUUAAGUCUGAAAUUAUAUGUGCUGUGUCCCUCUGUGGCUCAGAUCAGUAAGCAGAUGCUUGCAACACAGGUCUGGCUGGGAUGGCACAUUCCACAUCCUGUAUUUAUCCAAGAUCCACUGUCAUGGAGCAGGGGGUUGGUGCAUCAAGCUCUGCCUGCCUGCCUCUCUCAGGAAACCUCAGAGGUGAAGGCAAUCCAGGGUGGAUUUAGACUGGAUAUUAGGAAAAAAUUAUUUCCUGUGAGGGUGGUGAGGUCCCAGCACAAGAAAAGCUGUGGCUGUCUCAUCCCUGGAAGUAUUCUGGGCCAGGUUGGACAGGGUUUUGAGCAACUUGUUCUUGUGGAAGGUAUCCCUGAUCUAGUGGAAGUUUCCAAUCUGGUCUAGUGGAAGGGGAAUGGAAUGAAGUGAGUUUUAAGGUCCUCUCCAACCCAAAUCAUUCUAGGAUUUGAUGGUUCUUUAAUUUUAAGGACUGCAUGACCACAAGGUGUGUAAAUCCCACCAUACUCAAGCUCAUAGCUAUUCUCUCUCACAUUUGUUGCUUGUAUCCCCUCUCCUGCUGGGUCACAGCUUGGAGCAGGUUUUCCUUGGGCUGCUUCUCAGCUCAGCACUUGGCUCAGUACCUUGGCCUGUGUUGUGCUGAGUUGAGUGCCUGUUGCUAUAAUUUUACCUGUUUGUGUCCCUUAAUCUGUAUUUGUUCCCUUGAAAGUGCAGGGAGAUCCAUUAAAGCAGAGGCAUUGGGUAAAUACCGCCUGCUCCUCACUCCACCAGCACUCGGGAUCAGUGAUUAACUCUGGGUAAACAGAGCCGACUGCCAGCCAACCCUUGGCCACAGCAGGGGGGGACGGUGAACCCAAAGUGCUCCUCCCUAGGUGUGUGGGGGAUGUAAAAGCUGGAGUUGCCAGGACUCUGCUGGAGCAGGACGGUGACACGGAGCUGAAGCUCUGGUGGCUGGUUCCUGGUGGCCAUUGGAUGUGUCCUGCUGAUGGUGUGCCAUGGGCGGGAUCAGCCACCAGCACUAUAAAUAGGGCCGGCAGGGAAUCCACCCUGGGGAACAACUUUUGAACCCUGAUGUGAGGAACGGACUGUGUGGGCUGGGUGAAGGAGGUGCCUAGGAGGAGGCGUGGUACCAGUGUCCUGUAGGGUCCCAACAGCACGUGCUCGAUGGCAAUGCAGUGCCUGUAAGGCUUCAGCUCAAGCAGGACACGGAUUACAGUGCUGGGUCAGAGCCAUAAGGGGCACCCAGUAGCCAGCAGGAAUGGCAGGAGCUCAGGUGGGACUACCGGGACCUUUCCUGGAGCCUCUGGUUGGGCCUUGCCCCGUCUCUGACUCUGACUCUGACUCAGAGGAUGCAGCUGUGGGUGGCACAGUACCCAAUGCUGCGGCACAGCACUCCUCCCAGGUCAUCCACAGUGGCCACUUCAUGGUGUCAUGCCCGCACAGCGACUCACUGCCCCGGCGACGGCAUCACCGUGCUGAGCCUGAGUUGGCUGAUCCCCGGAGUAUCGACCCGACCCUCACCCGACUCUUUGAGUGCAUGAGCCUGGAGUACAGUGGGAAGCUAGUAUCUCCAAAGUGGAAGAAUUUCAAGGGGCUGAGGCUGCUUUGCUGGGAUAAAAUUCGACUCAACAAUGUGAUCUGGAGAGCAUGGUACAUCCAGUAUGUGGAGCGGAGGAAAAAUCCUGUGUGCAGCUUCAUCACCCCUCUGGAGGGAAUGGAGGCUGAUGAGCACCGAAAACCAGAGGCUGUUGUGCUGGAGGGCAACUACUGGAAACGCCGCAUUGAGGUGGUGAUGAGGGAGUACCACAAAUGGAGGAUCUACUAUAAGAAGCGGCUCCGAAAGUCCACACGGGAGGGAGAGAUUUACAGUCCAAAGCGGGAUGAGGAUGUCUGGAGGCCAACGGAGAAAUGGUGCAACCAGCUGUUCUGCAACGUAGUGCCCAUGCUGCUUGGUGAUGAGGAGGAGGAGUGUGGGAGCAGGCAGCAUUUUGAUUUGGACACCUUCCUGUCGGACAUAUCUGACACCCUCUUCACCAUGACACAGACGCCCAGCACGCACGAGGCACUCCCUGAGGAUGCAUACGUUGGGAAUGCUGACAUGAUACAGCCCGAUUUGGCACCCCUGCAGCCCAGCCUGGAUGACAUGGACAUAUCAGGUCCGCUUAUGCUGGUCACUGUGUCUUCACUUGGCUCUGCAGAAAUCUUCACCAGCCACCGGCCACCCCCAUCUCAGACACAACCGGGCUACCAGGAUCCAUCCUGCUUCUCGCCCAUGGCUGAGCCCCUGUUCAGCAGUGGAGGAUCCCUGAUGGGUGCUCGGGGUCUGCCUGUGAGCCCCGAGGCCCCACUGCUACCUGGCACCCUCCUUCAGCCCAGUGGUGCCUCCCAGCUCAGCCUCCACAGUGCCUUCCUGGGCUCUGAGCUGCCUCUGGACCCCUUGCUCCCUGAACCCCCUGGUGUGGCACCCAGCAGCCUCAGCCCUCAGCUCCGACACAAGCCCACACUGCAGUACGACUUCCCUGGCAAGUGUCUCAGCCUGGAACCACCAGCACCCCACUGUGUCUCUCCCAUCCCACCCCCCCGGGCACCACCGCUGAGCCUGGAAGCCCCCUUCAUCCCCGCUUCGGUCCCCUGCUCCAAGUUCCCCUACAGCAGUUCACCUGACCCCUCACUUGUCACCCACCCUGCCUCCCCUCUCUCGAGCCCUUGCUUUGCCUCCUACAUCCCAGGGCUGGGCUGUGCCACAGGUAUGGGGUCCCAGGGGUACCCCAGCUCUGCUGUCUCCCAGCUCCUGCCCCCCACCCUGCUGGGAAGCCCCAGGUUUGCCCCCCACAAGGGGCUGCCUCAGGGCAGGGGUGGGCGGCCCAAGGUGAAGCCCAGUGGCACCAAGGCAAGGAGGCUGCCAGGACACCCCCUGUCCCACCUGUCCGAGCCCAACUCCUGCCCGAGCCAGCUCCUGACCACAGCCAAGCAAGACCUGGCACUGGAUACUCCUUGCCCGAUGAGUGCAGGACUGAUGCCUACAGCCCCUGUCUCCCUGCAGCAGAACACCGUCCCGAAAGUCCCUGCCACCUUCCUCUCCAGAAUGGCCCAGAUGAGCCCAGAACUGGCUCCUGGCUCCAGCCCUUCCCAGGUGUUGCUGCACACAGUGGGCACACAGCCAGGCCCCCUGCAAGUCCCCAAGGCAGAGCAGCUGUCCCCCACCUUGGCUUGUGGCAGUGACUGGCCCAAGCCCAGCCAGGCUUCCCCAGGACCCACUGCAAAGCUGGGCAGUAGCAUCUCCCUGCACCAGCCCGUGUCCCGUCUGAGGAGGCCUGAGUCCAGCAAGCUUUGGGCCAGCCUGUCCUCAGUGGGGCUGGUGGCCCAUGGUUGUCCCUGCUGCUGGGAGGUGCCUGAUGGCGCUGACCUGCAGCUGGAGAGCCGGCGCAUCACACACAUCUCCGCUGAGCAGAAGAGACGCUUCAACAUCAAGCUUGGCUUCACCACGCUGCACAGCUUGGUGAGCACACUGAGUGCUCAGCCCAGCAUCAAGGUCAGCAAGGCCACCACCCUGCAAAAGACAGCCGAGUACAUCUGCAAGCUACAGCAGGAGCGGGCAGCUCUGCAGGAUGAGACACAACGUCUGCGGGAGCAGAUUGAGGAGCUCAAUGGCUCCAUCAACCUGUGCCAGGAGCAGCUGCCAGCCACAGGGGUGCCCAUCACGCGCCAGCGCUUCGACCACAUGCGCAGAAUGUUCGACGAGUACGUUCGCUCCUCCACAUUGCAGAACUGGAAGUUCUGGAUUUUCAGUGUCAUCAUCCGGCCCCUCUUUGAGUCUUUCAACGGUAUGGUGUCCACAGCCAGCAUGGAGAGCCUCACCCAAACAUCCCUUGCCUGGCUGGACCAACACUGCUCCCUCCCAGUGCUUCGGCCAACCGUCCUGAGCUCCCUGCGGCAGCUGAGCACCUCCACCUCCAUCCUCAGCGACCCGGCCCGUGUCCCCGAGCAGGCGGAGCGGGCAGUGGCGGCGCUGGGACGCCCCGGCGCCUCCUCCUCCUGACUGCUCCAUGGUCUCCCAAGGACACCGGCGUGGGGAGCCGGACUGCACGAGGGCUGUCCCGCCCCGUUCCCCUGCAAUAAAUUACUUGCUGUGCCACGGACCCCGCGCACUUCUUCAGCCUCGGGGCAGCUUUGGGCACGCCUGAGAAUGGUGGAGGGGGACCGGGACUUGAGGGGGAGUGAGACCGGAAGGGUUGAAAGCCGUUA